AACUCUUAUUUUACUUGUGCACGCUUGAUGGGGAAAAACCAACUUAAUAUUUUAUUUAAUCAAAAUAAAACGAGAAAUCCCCCGAAAGUGACAACAUCGAGUGAACGGAUUUAGCAAGCGCAGGAGUUACAAAUAAAGUGACAACCAUGAAGAAAGUGUUAUUAACAAAAUCUCAACAGAUUCGUGUGACAACGUCAGAUAUUAAAAUGAAACCACAAAUCGGGGUGCAAACCAAUGUAAUCACGAAUACAUACAUGCAGCGCAAGUCCUUUCAGUCCAUUUACGAGGAUAUAUUUAAAUUGCUAAUGCGUCUACCCGAUAAGGCUUUGCAACAGCGCGUAAUUGACGCUAUCAACGGGCGUAGUAGUGAUAAAUCGGUUAUCUCAAACCCUAAUCAGUGUAAGCACUGCUCCAAAAAUGAAGAAAAGCCCCUAAAAGUGAAUGCGUCAACACAAACACAAUCCGAAAUAUUGGAGACUAAAGAGACACAAAGCAAGUCACCUAUUAAAAAUGAGACUAAUAUUAAAGUUAGUGUGAAACCAGAGUCACCCCUUAAGAAAGUCGUGGAGAGCACGGUUAAUGAUAAACCCCCCGAUCCAAAUGUGAAAGUACCUCGCAAACGUGGAAGAAAACGGAACACAUGUGUUCCACAGGUGGUCAAAAGAUCGGCAGCCCAAAUGGCAUGGCAGGAACGCGAGGACAAGCAACUAACGCCAUUGCAGCCGAUCAAGAAGAAGAAACUGGAAACUCCCGAACCUAGUCCAAGUCCCAAAGCGACAUCCAGCAGCCCCAACACAAAUUCCUUGCAACGUCGAGAUUCAGUUGCAUCCAAUUUCUCCGCUUGCCUCAGUGACAUCAAUUUAAAUGAGUAUUGCGAUCAAAUAGAUGAUUAUAUCAACGAUGGCAUUCAACGUACAAUUCUUACCACAAUGUCCAAUGAGUUCCUAAUAUCUCAUGUUAUGUCCGAGGAAGGACUUUUACCCAUACACGAUGCCAUUUUGAGGAGCAAUAUUCAAGGUUUGCAACGUCAGGUUUUCGUUUGGUCAAAGAUGAAGGAAAAUGUGGAUUUCAAUGAGCUGCUUAGCGCGGAUGGAGAGGAUUGCCUACAGUUGGCCAUAACCACCGAUUGUCAUCCAGAAAUAGUAAAAAUUAUACUAAAUGCCGGCGUACUUCCCAUGCAUAUCUAUGAGGAUUCAAAUACGGCUCUCCACUUGGCCAUCAUAAACAACAUCAAGUUAGAGUCACUGCGUCAGUUAAUGCUACACAUAGACCUGAAUCUGCUGCUGCAAACCAACGAUGAUGGAUACACAGCUCUCCACAUUGCAGUGCGUCACAAUCGUUAUAAAAUGGCUGAGAUCAUUUGUAACAUCAUCGAUGAGCGACAGUUGGGUGCACCCGUCUAUCAGCGUGAGGAGUCAGACGGCGGGAAGACAGAAGAGAGCAGUAGAAGUCUUGAACUCAGAGAUGAGAAGUCGUUUGCCAAGUUCUAUGAACGUGCCUGCGACAGAUUGCAUCACAACAAGGAGAAACUAAUGGGACGUCGCCUCAAAAAUGAGAUUUUAAAUGCGAGCGAAGCACGUGCGGGAAAUGCUAGUUUAUACUUUGCCGUUGAGGGAGAAAUGGAACACUUAUGUUACUUCCUAUUGGCCCAUCUGAGCGAUCCCGAUGAGGAGAACCUUAGUGGACACAGCCCAAAAUCAUAUCACUAUGAAUUUGCUCGUCUUUUGCGCAUCAGUUUAAAAAUUGCCCGCAUUAUGGACAAGGUUAUUAGCAUUUUAAAUGGAAAAUCAAUUUAAUUGUACAAUUGUUCAGCUAUUUCAUUUAACUAGAAAAUUAUUUAAUAUUAAUUAAAUUUAGCCCCAGUCCAACUGCUAAUUGGUUUUCUUCAGUUUGGACAAAUUCAUGGAUUGAAGGGACGGCGGCAGAUUACUUUUUCUUUUGUGUGAGCUCUUUUUCCUUUUGGAUCGUUUAUUUUUUAAUCGACUCACUGCAAAUAGUUUAUAAGUGACUAAUAAAUUGAGUUAAACCAAAAA